AUGCUUGUUUCGUUUGAGUCCAAGUCGAGCAGGGUAAAAGGCCUGUCUUUUCACCCGAAACGGCCGUGGCUGCUCGCAUCGCUGCACUCUGGAGCUAUCCAGUUGCUUGAUUAUCGACUAGCAACGGUUAUUGACACUUAUCAUGAACAUGAAGGCCCGGUGCGGGGGAUUGCGUUCCAUCCGAGUCAGCCGCUGUUCGUUUCUGGAGGCGAUGACGCGAAGAUCAAAGUUUUCCACUACGGGCUGCGGCGUUGUCUCUUCACGCUGACCGGCCAUGCGGACUACAUUCGUACGGUACAAUUUCAUCAUGAACUGCCGUGGAUCGUAUCAGCUUCUGAUGACCAGACUGUUCGGGUGUGGAACUGGCAAAAUCGCACGUGCUUGGCGGUGCUCAGUGGGCAUAAUCACUACGUGAUGUGCGCAAGUUUUCAUCCAGCUGAGGAUUUGGUGGUAUCUGCGUCGCUUGACCAGACGAUUCGAGUGUGGGAUAUCUCCGGUUUGGGUGGUGGAUCUGCGAACGCUGCCCAAGCUAUCGCAGCUGUCACGGCUGCAGGUCUCUGGGGAUCGAGCGCCAACGCGAAUGCUUUGGCACCCGGCCGAGACCAAGGCACCGGCUUCGGUACCGGUAGUGCGCCCUGGUCUGCACUAGCCCCGCAAAGUACGGGUGGAGGAAUGGGUGCGCCUAGCAUGUCAGGGUUUGGUGGCUCCUCUGGAUCUACUUUGGGGUCCGGUGCAUAUGGUGGCGGCACCGGCGGAAUCAGUGGAGUGAUCGAGCGCCUCGGUGGCGGGCUCGAUGUCGCUGUGAAAUUUACGCUCGAAGGCCAUACACGCGGCGUGAACUGGGUCAGCUUCCAUCCGAGUCUGCCACUCAUCGCAUCGGGUGCAGAUGAUCGUACAAUCAAACUCUGGCGGUACACGGAAUCACGGGCCUGGGAGGUUGACACCCUACGCGGUCACGUGAACAACGUGUCAUGCGUGCUGUUCCAUCCGCAUCUUGAUGUGCUCGUCUCGAAUUCGGAAGAUAAGACGAUUCGCGUGUGGGAUUUGUCUCGGAGGAGCUGCAUAGCGAUCUACAGGCGUGAAAUGGAUCGAUUCUGGAUUCUGGCAGUGCACCCUCGUCUCAGUGCAAUGGCGGCGGGUCAUGAUUCCGGCUGCAUGAUUUUCAAACUCCACCGGGAGCGGCCCCCGUUCACAAUGCUGGAGAAUGGCGUGCUUGUGUACGUGCGGGAUCGGUUCGUUCGGGCGCUCGAGCUGGACACAGGUCGAGAGUGGCCCGUUUGUAUGGCCCGCGGACGGCAGCCAGCGAAUGAUACGGGAUCAUCCUGGCCCGGCAUGAGCGGUGAGGGCACCACGGGCUUGUCGGCACUGGGGGGAAGCAACGGUAUUUCCGCGCCUGGUGUUCUGUUCGGCCUCAGUACGGGCAACGCGGUGCUGACGCCGCCACCGCGCUCCCUCCAGUACCAGCCUCUGGAUCGUGCGCUUUUACUGCAGUACGAUGCGGACGGUGGCUUCGCCGAGCUGUAUCAGCUGCCACAGCGCAUCGAAGAACCGCGUAACGUUUCCGGGGACUCUCCAGAUUUGCAGGUUGAACCUCGUCGCGUACCGGCGCUCUCGUCGGUUUUACUAGGACAAGGCCGCUGGCUCACACUCGAGGAAGAUGCCUUGCUCCUCCGCGAUCUGUCGCAGGGUAGCGAGCGUCGGAUACCGCUGCCUGCAACUGGCAUUCGAUUUAUGUUUCCGGCUACGGCAGGUCUUGUGUUGUUUGCGUCCCGCGAUCAGGUGCAUCUCUGGGACUGGCAGCGGCAGAAACUGCUUGCAACGCUCGACGCACCGCUCAUUCGAUACGCAGUUUGGUCGGAGGAUCGAACGUACCUGGCGUUGCUGGCGAAGCACACGCUCUGGAUCGUGAAUCGACAAAUGGAACGGCUCGCGCUUCUCCAUGAGACCAUGCGUAUCAAGUCCGCAGCCUGGGACGAAUCCGGCGUUCUAGUGUAUACGACCACGAGUCAUCUCAAGUACUGCCUGCCGAACGGUGAUGCUGGCAUCAUCUGUUCUCUGAAAGAACCGCUCUACCUGACGUGGGUACGCGGACCCGCUGUUGCUGCGCUUGAUCGCCGGGCGCAGCCGCAAACUUUGGCGAUCGAUCCCACCGAAUACACGUUCAAGCUGUUGCUUUGGCGAAAGCAAUAUGACCGUGUUCGUCAAGCGCUUGCCGAGUCACGACUUCCCGGCAAGAGCAUGAUCGGUUACCUCCAGCAAAAGGGAUACCUCGAUAUUGCGUUGUGGUUUACCGAAGAAACACAGACGCGUUUCGUGCUCGCGCUCAGUGCUGGCUAUCUGCAGACAGCGCUCGACAUGGCGGGCCAGAUGGACGAUGACGAAGCCUGGUCGAGUUUAGCGGAAAAGGCAAUGGAAUAUGGGCAGGUUCAGCUUGCGGAGCUCUGUUUUCAGCGUCUUCGGAAUCUGGAGCGUUUGCUGUUUCUAUACGUUCUGACGGGCAACUGGGAGAAGCUGGAACGUCUCUAUGACAUCGCCGAUGCCCAAAAGGAUAUCCCCGCACAGCUGCAGAUCGCGUUGGUCCUCGGCGACCCCGAAAGUCGUGUGCAGACGCUCAAAAAGGCUGGCCUUGAUGCCUUAGCUUCCCUACUGAGCGCAACGUACGAACCUGAAGAUGCAACGGCAGGGUCAUACGUUGCGGGUGUCGAGAAGUUACAGACACCGCUCGCCCCGGUGGACGCCACGCUGGCGCAGGAGAAUUGGCCCCUGAUGCCAACGUCGGAGUCCGUCGACGCGCAUCAUGCAUCGGAAGGCGUCGCGGCAGGCGCUUUCGACGGUGCUGCGCGGCAGGCGGCGAGCAUCGCGCCGGCUAAUGACCUCUACGAGGCAUCCGUGAGUCAGCAUUCGAGCACGGGGUAUCUUGCGAGUGACUGGACGGCAGCUGCUGGCCGUUUGGGUGACGCGAUGCACACCGGUGACUACACAGAGAGGUCGAACAGCAUGACAAUGGGCGACGCGGAUGCGCAUGUCGCAAAUGAGGCCGGGUUCCUGGGUUUUGCUGCGAACGCUGCAACGGAUGCUGCUGACGGCUGGGCAGAUACAUUGGACCUGGAACUACCUCCAGACGCAGUGACGUCGCCGAGCAGCUCCCAAGACCGGCAUGCGAUGGCGGCUGGCGACGCUUUGCAUCCGAGUGCUGCAUUGGAUGCUGCAGCAGCAGCUGCUCCUGCUGCAAGCGUCACCACAUCGAGUUUAUCACAUUCGCUGGCCGAUAUUCCCGUGGAGCCCGGUCCGUUAACGCAGGAGAUUUGGCGUGCCCAGGCCCGGGUACCCGGCGAAUGGGUGAUUGCGGGAGAGCCUCAGCGGGCGCUGGCACUGCUUGUAGAGCAGAUAUGUCUGGCGGAUCCCGUGGUACUUCAUCCGGUUCUGAGGGCGCUUCAUGCGGCGGCGUGGCACGCGGUGCCGUCCCCGUCUUGUGCUUCUUUGAGCUUGUCGCGAAUCGAUCAGACGCCUUGCGUUGCGAGCGCGGAUGAGACACCAGCCCCGGCAGCAUUCGUGAUGAUCGAUCGACUCGAACAGCAGAUGGAGCACAUUUUCGGUCUGGUAACACGCGGGGCCUUUGGCGAAGCGGAUCGCCUGCUGCUAUCACUCCUCUGGGUUAUGCCGUUUGCGAUUGUUCGGAGCGCUGCGGACGACGCAAAACUUCGCUCGCUGAUCAGCACUUGUCGAGAAUAUCGUCUCGGCAUGCGUCUAAUGCUGGAACAGAAAACUUGUCGAGCUCGCGGUCUCGACAGCGACGCAGAUCGAGCGCGACUCAUGCAGCUGUCUGCACUAUUCACGCACUGCAACCUGGAACCGCCGCAUUUGCUGUUGGCGCUUCGUGCGGCCAUGAAGCUCGCCUACGAGUUGCAGUUUGAUGCACUUGCUGUGCGCUUUGCGCAACGUGUGCUAGAGACGGAACCAGCGCCGGAACUUGUCGCUGCCGCGAACAAAGUGAUCGCCUUAGCGGAACGUCGACGGCGAAGCGAACAACGCUCCAGUACCUCGAAACAAGAAGCAGUGUCACGUGUGCUACCGCUUGACAUGUACGAUGAGCAGCGCAUCUUUGCCAUCGAUGCGGAGCUGCUGGUACCCAUACACGAUCGCGGAGCAGUGCGAUCGUGCCCGUAUUGUACGGCAACAUACACCUCGGCAACGCGUUGUGUCGUCUGCCAACUAUCGAGCCUGGAUGCCUCGCAGCGUACGGCAUCGGGUUUGAUUUUUUGGACACAAGGCGUGACGUCCAGUACUUGA